CGCGUCAUCGUUCCCGAUCGAUCGACCUUUGGUCGUAAUUACUCGUCCUUGUACAAGUCGACAACACCUUCAUCUCCCAUCACACCUAUAGCCACAUCAACUUACAGCACACAAACAUAGUCUCUUGGAUACCAUGGGCAUCGUCACUUCCACCCUCCGAUCCGUCAACGCCUGGGCCCACUUGCCAAGCACCCUCAGAGCCGGGUACGUCCUCGGAUGGGGAGCUCUCUUUGGAGCCAACAUCUGGAACUCGUUCAUCGGCGGGAUCAUCGCUUUCAAGACCCUCCCUCGACAAGUAUUCGGCAACCUCCAAUCACGCCAAUUCCCAAUCUUCUUCGCCUACUCUACCUUCCUCUCCCUCGGUCUCCUCACCCUGGACCUGAAACUCCGCCCUGCGCUUCUCACUUCUUUCAAACACUCCCCUUUCCAGACCCUCAUGGCGUUGAACGGGAGAGAGUUUUGGGGAAGUACUGCUGGGUUGAGUGUUGUAACUGGGUUGGUGCAUGCGGUGAAUGGGUUGGUUGUGACUCCGAAGGCGAGUGAGGUUAUGUUCGAGAGGCAUCGGUUGGAGAGGAUUGAGGGGAAGAGUUCAGAUUCGCGAAACCCUUCAAAGGAGAUGCAAACGCUCAACAGCCGAUUCACCAAGCUCCACUCGGCCUCGUCGACCUUGAACACGGUCGGGCUGAUCACGACGGGUUUGAUCGGGUGGAAGAUCGGGAGCGUCGGAUUCGGACCGAGGGGGAGUGGGGGGUUGGGCGUGAUGCCCUAGGUGUUGGAUGCGUACCUGGAGUUGGUGGGGGAAGACGGUCAGGGCCCGAAUGGGACGGUUGAUAAGGCACCUGGAUGCACGGAGCAGGACACGGGAUGUGGGGAUGGGUAUCGAAGGAACGCGCUGGCCGAAUUUGGCGAACGGAUCGAGGCUCUUCUUUUCGUCAUCCAAAAGAAGAAGAGCGACACGGCCCGGGCUGAAUCAUCUAUGCAGUAGGCAGCAUGGUAUGGGAGGGCAAGGUACGGGCUGGGCUGCGUGGGCGUGGGAUAUUGGUUCAUCGUGGUGUGAGAGCAAUCAGAUAAAAGACUGUAUCGAAGAAAACAAGACAUGGCGAGUGAUAAAAAAGA